ACAACUUUUACUUCACGGAUUUACGCGUUUCAAGAGAAAGAGUAAAUAUAAAUAAAAUAUACUUUCCUUAUUAUAGUGUUUUACUGUUUUCGCUUCUCCGCUGUAGUAAACAAUCGGUUAAACUUAUGCAGAAUUCACAGUCCUGUCUGUAACCCUGUCCAGCCAUGAUCUCCUCGGAGGACGACUUUCCAACCCUGAAGCCACGGCGCAUCCAGAACCAGAACGUCGUUCACCGCCUAGAGCUGCGGCGCAUCAGCUCGGGCCGGCCCGGCGCCCACUGGCACCGCGUCCGCUGCUUCCACCAGAACCUCUUCCCAAACUUCACGGCCGUGAACGUGGAGAAGCCGCCGUGCUUCCUGCGCAAGUUCUCCCCGGACGGGCGCUGCUUCGUGGCCUUCUCCUCCGACCAGACCUCGCUGGAGAUCUACGAGUUCCGGGGCUGCCAGGCGGCCGAGGACCUGCUGCAGGUCCACGACGAGGGCCGAGACGGCGAGGUCCUGAGCGAGGGCGUCCGGGCCCGCCUGUUCUCCCGCUUCUUCUCGCUCCUCCACGUCACCAGCGUGGCGUCCAACGGCGAGCACCUGAACCGCGAGUGCAGCCUGUUCACGGACGACGGGCGCUACGUGAUCGUGGGCUCGGCCGCGUACCUGCCCGACGAGCCUCAGCCGCACUUCUUCGAGGUGUAUCGGAACAACGAGGCGGUCACGCCCAACCCGCGCUCGCCGCUGGAGGACUACUCGCUCCACGUGGUGGACCUGCACACGGGGCGACUGUGCGACACGCGCGCUUUUAAAUGCGACAAGGUCAUCCUGUCGCACAAUCAGGGACUUUACCUGUACAGGAACAUACUGGCCGUCCUGUCCGUCCAGCAGCAGACCAUCCACGUCUUCCAGGUGACGGCGGAGGGGACGUUCCUGGACGUGCGGACCAUCGGCCGCUUCUGCUACGAGGACGACCUGCUGACCCUCUCGGCCGUGUACUCGGAGCCGCAGGCCGAGGGCCCGGCCGGCUUCUCGCGCCUCUACAAGGAGAAGAGCAUCAGCUCGCUGAAGCACAGGCUGCUGGUGUUCCUGUGGAGGAGGGCCGAGCAGGACGGCAGCGCCACCGCCAAGCGCCGCUUCUUCCAGUUCUUCGACCAGCUGCGCCAGCUGCGCAUGUGGAAGAUGCAGCUGCUGGACGAGAACCACCUGCUGAUCAAGUACACCAGCGAGGACGUGGUCACGCUGCGGGUCACCGACCCCUCGCAGCCCUCGUUUUUCGUGGUUUACAACAUGGUCACGACGGAGGUGAUCGCGGUUUUCGAGAACACGUCGGACCAGCUGCUGGAGCUCUUCGAGAACUUCUGCGACCUCUUCCGCAACGCCACUCUACACAGCGAGGCGGUUCAGUUCCCCUGCUCGGCCUCCAGCAACAACUACGCCCGGCAGGUCCAGCGCAGGUUUAAGGACACUAUAGUGAACGCCAAGUACGGCGGGCACACGGAGGCGGUGCGCCGCUUGCUCGGUCAGCUGCCCAUCAGCGCCCAGUCAUACAGCAGCAGCCCGUACCUGGACCUCUCGCUCUUCAGCUACGAUGACAAAUGGGUGUCGGUCAUGGAGCGCCCCAAAACCUGCGGAGAUCACCCCAUACGGUUCUACGCCCGCGACUCCGGCCUGUUGAAGUUUAAGAUCCAGGCGGGUCUGUUGGGUCGCCCCAUAAAUCACGCCGUCCGCCGCCUGGUCGCCUUCACCUUCCACCCGUUCGAGCCGUUCGCCAUCUCGGUUCAGCGCACCAACGCCGAAUACGUGGUCAACUUCCACAUGCGCCACAGCUGCUCCUGAGGGCUCCGAGAGGGUCGGGACGCGACCCCAUGCUGUACUUUUAUAGAUUAUAUUUAUAUGAACUUUAUAUUUAUUGUAAAUAUUCCAGUAUUUUAUUUUUAGAUGGUUUUUUUUUACUGUAAAUUAAAGCUGAUUUAAAUACA